AUGCGAAGAUGGAACUUCAGCAAAGAAAUGAGAGUACUCUGUGUAAUUCUAAGUAUAGCGACAAUUGCGAAGACUGGUUUUUUGGAGACGAAAAUUACUGGAAAGGAUAAUUUGAUGACCAAAUCUAUGAGGAAUUAUCUCAAGGAGAAGUAUAAUGGAACUAAAUUAAAAAUUUGCUACAAUGACUUUUUGAAGAAGAUGGCCAAAUUUCAAGAAAUUGAGAAAAACAACGAAUGGCAGCCGUACCUGCCAUAUGGGGUUCACAUACAGUUUCAAGCCUCAAGUGGUUAUACCGACGCGGCGAAAGACCUCAAGAAAAGGUUCGACAAGGAUGUAGAUGAGCAGGUGAGAAAAGCAAUAAAGAAGUACAAACCCAAAACUCUUGGUGUUGGAUGUGGUGCACACUUGAAAACCAAGCUUCCGGCUUGCUACAUGUAUCUCGGCAUCAAAGCCGACACUUGUUCGAUCAAAAUAUAG